AUGCGUCGACCUUACGUGGAGCCGGGUCACCGCUCUGCUCGUCCAGGCAUCCGUCAUCGAUUCCGAGACCAGGGACCCGAUCGAAAGGGCCGUGACCCUAACACACUCGCCCGCUCCAACCGUGACAGCGGUCCGCCUGCACGCCUCAUCAGCGAAGGCGAGACCGAUCCGGACGACUUCCACAGCGACGACGAUGAACAAGGCUUCAUCACGCAGACCGACGAGAACGCCGUCACCGCAAACGAAGACAUUGACGGUGAGGAGGAAGACGACCUCGACGAGGAUGACCUUCUCGACGACGAAGAACAUGAGGAAGCUCGAUCGGCUCGCUCAGCCACUAGGGCCAGGCCCGCCCCUGCCAUCCGUGGUGCUUACGUCAAUGAGCAAACCGACGACGACGACGGCGACGACGACGAAGAUGACCACGAUCGUCGCGCUCCGACACCGCGCAACCGCAGCCGAAGCAAUCUCGCUGCCGCCCCCAUUACUCGACCUCGUGCCUACUCCCGAUCCAACAAGCUCGCACCCGAAGAAGAGGAUUGGGCGCUCCAGGGCGAGGCGAAGCGUCGCAAAGGUGGAGUACUUGGCAGGUUGAAGCGUCUUGGCCGCAAGCAGAAGGCAUCGGACGCGCCCGUAGGUCAGACACGCGAAGGCGCAAACACCGACGUUGUGCUUGGUCGCUCUUACGGAGCCGUCCGCGAACUCCGCAGCCGCAAAAGCUUCCUCGGCCAAAGACCCGAGUCGAUGGCUUCCACCUCCAGACGCGAUCGAGGCUCCGACAGUCGAGGUGCCUCCUCCGCUGCUCUUGCUUCUGGCGUCGCACUGGGUUCCGCACGCUCCCCUCGCAUCCGAGGCAGCAGCACCGGCACCUCCGACUUUGACAGCGAGCUCGGGUCUGCUCGUCCCGGCUCGCGUCUCCGCACACGUCAACCUCCUUCCGUCAUUGAUAGUGAUGAUGGCACCGACCUGGCUCGCACAGCCGACGAGCCUGUCGUUACCUCGGACGCUCCCCCUCGAAUCCCGCUACCCAUCGCCCUACGUGACGCAGAGAAUGCCCGAUCUCCUCAACUCGUAGAUCCUUAUGGUGACGAGGAUGUGGUCGCGGCGCCGCACGUGCGCUCCAAAUCGGUGGCGGAGAGUGUCCAGCCUAGCGUGUUGGACGCCAGCGAUGCCGCCUCGGUCAUUCCUCCCUCGUCGCCCUUGAUCCCCGCCUCUGGUCCUCUCAGCCACAACGACGCUGUCGUGCCUAGUCAGCGUGCUUCGAUGCAGUCCGUCAGAGAUCGCGAGAUUGACGACGAGAACAUGUCGCGCUCCAGAAAGCCCAGCAUGGAUCUGCGCGCCGCUGCCGGCGGAGCUCUGGGUGGUCUCGCCGCCAUGAUCGGAUUCGACGCGCUUCGCGAGAAGAACAACGGGCUUCCUGCCAAGGACGAUCCGGCUGCAAAUGCGUUGGGCCUCACCGCAUCCGAAGAGCCCGCCACGCGAGCCGCGGCUGCAGUACCCUCCAGCUCUGUCGACACGGUGGCCCCAUCGGCUUCGCUCGAGACCCCGGCAACCGCCUCGCAGGUCACCUUGCUGCCGAGGAGGAACCGUAGGCAGAGCAGCAAAGCUUCCGUUCUGAGCGAUGCAACGCAGGAGAAGCCGCUCGAAGCCACGUCCCCCUCCGAGCUGCCGUAUGUCGUCGAUGACGAAGCCGUGCACGACAGAUCCAGACCCGCUCCUGCACUCGCUGCUCCCCUGGCUGCGGGAGCCGGCCUCGGCGGUCUUGCUGCUGCUGCAGGCCUUGCAACCGGUUCCACCCGUGACGAUGACGGCGUCCAGGCAACGAUCAAGAAGAAGAAGGCCAAGAAGAACAAGAAGAAGUCUCGAGGUAUUGCACAGGAGGAGCCGCCCGUCCUCGUCGCUGCCAACGCUGCUCCUGAAUCUCUCAACGUCGGCGAGGAUCGUGAGGAGCCUGUCCAGACCCGCGACUAUGCCGCUCCGCCAUCCAUGACCGAUGGCUCCGAGCUUGCACUGGCCGACGACGAACUUGCGCCUCCAUCGGUCGUAGAGCCAGUCGACGAGAAGCGCGGGUAUACGCAGCGUGAUCUACCGGCUCCCGCCGCGCCUCUGGCCGGUGCUGCCAUCGCGGGUGGCCUCGUUGCUGCCACUCGAAAGUCAAAGACCCAGAAGCUGGCAAAGGGCAGCCGUGUCGUCGAGAAGCUGCCUGCGGUCAACGAAGACGGCUCCAUUUACCGACGCGACAUCCCGGCUCCCAACAAGGGACGAUACCUUCUCACGCCCAGCGUCGCUCCCAGCGUUGCAGACCCCUUGGACGCAGGCCGCAAGCGCACGAACAGCUCCAAGGGUCAGUGGCUCACCAAGGACCUCUCCCCUCAGCAGACGCACUAUUUCCUGCGCGAGCUCUCGCUCCGAGAGCUUCGAUGGGAACUGGAUCGCGCCUGGCUACUCACCAGCUUCGAGAAGCCGCAGCGCCCCACUCGACGAGCACCGAAAGCCUUAUCGGACAUCGAGGACGACUCGCGAAUCAACGACUUUGACGAGUCGUCGGACGAGGAUCUGCUCGCCAUCGAUGAAGACGAGGACGAGGAAGCCGUCUUCCGACGUGGAACGCAGCUAGGCAUGCUCUACAGUCAGCCUACCGUCCCGGACCUGCCGUUGUUGCGAUUCCUGUUCAAGAACGCCUUUUGCACCUUCCCGCUCUUCGUCGCUGCCGAAGACCAGGCGGACCGAUACGUCGGCGGCCCACCCGACAAGGCUACGCUCGCUCGCAACUACUUCCUAACAGGUAUUCUGCCGAUCCUUCGCGCUGUUCAGACCCGUUCGUUGAGCGCCUGGGUCGACCGUCACGGCGAAGGCGAUGGAACGCCUUUCAGUGCAGUCUCGACGACCGGCUCGAUUAGACAUCUUCUGUCGAAGUGGGCCUCUCGAUACGUCACGGCUGUUCUGCGCGUGGGACCUGGCGACCCAUACUUUGACGAUGACCAAGCAGUCGAAAAGGAGUCUUGGCCUUGGCCGGCGUCGAACCUCUUGCCUCCCGAAGCUUACUACGCCUUCCGAAAGCCCUUGGAUCGGCUCAAGUAUGGCGGCUACGAAGUCGAUCUCGUCGGCAUCCGAAAGCACAGCGUCAGCGAGCGUGACUACAUCAUCCGUCUUCGACGCCCCAACGCGCCUGAUCAGUUUGUCGUGCGCAACGACCAUGACUUCGAAGAGUUCCGUCGCAACCUAAUCAAGGAUCUCAGCCCCUUUGCCUUUGUCAAGCCUCUGCCCCGCACACGUGGUCGCCCAGACGAGGGCGAGAGCGACGUGGAAGAUGCCAGCCCUUACGCCUCUGGAUCGGAGCGCUCUGCGAGGUUCAACGCAGCCGGUCUCGGCUCUGCUGCGCUGUACAAGGCACCUGCAGGACGCCAAUCGCCUGAAGGAAGAGGCCUUCGUGGAGGCGGACGCGAUGGCCGAAGGCGCUACAGCUCGGCUAAACAGAAUGGCCGUCCAGUUCUGGGCCGCGACGCUGCUUCCGAUUACGAAAGCGACGUCUUUGAGGAUACCGCGGAUGAACGCUAUCAGGAGGAGGACGAUGACGACCGUUCCGAUGCAACGCUGCAGCCUAGACGAGGUCCUUCGCGCGCUGGCGGACGUAAAGGCCAGGACGCGCCGAAGAACCGUGCGUCGCUGCUGGAGAAGGGCAAGGGCUCGCUUCGCCGUCUCACUGGCAAGGAAUCUCAGCCCAACUCGCGCAACAGUUCCAUGCGACGCAAAGAUGGACCGAACGGCACGCAGCGCAGUCCGUACGCUGCGCGCGUGCCGCCUCCUCCGCCAGUCACGGCUGACAAGCUCGACCGCUCCAACGGCUCUCGUCGUAGACCCCCUGCUGCGGGCGCCAUGGACUUUGAGGCUCGACGCAACAAGCUCCGAAGCUGGUUGCGCGACGCGCUUUCGGUUCGUGAAUCUGGACAUGCCAACGAGACGCAGAACUUCCUCACGAUCGGCGGGUUCCCUGAACGCAACCUGCGUCGCAGCGACUACGAAGACAUUCAGGAGCGACGCAGGGAAGACAGGCAUCGUCGACAGGAGCACGAACGAGACGCAGCGGAAGCCGGCGAUGACGUUCACGACCUGCGCGAGGUGCGCGACGAGAUCUGGUUCGACUGCGUCGAGGGCGAUGGCUUCCUCAAGAUGUACGACGCGCUUCGCGAGACGCCGGACUAUGCGCGUCUGCCGUUGGACUACCAGAAGAUGGUCUCGUGGGGCAACCUGCAGAUGGCACGCUGGCUGUACGGCGUGUUCGUUGCAGGUGACGAAUCGCGUGCCAACUUGGCGAGGAUGCAGGACGUCUACGAGUCGGUUCCCUGGAAGAAGCUCGCCUUUGCCAUGAAGUCGCCCGUGGCUCAGAUGAUGCGCACAUGGAGGGAUCAGUUCCUGCGACGAGGCUUCCUUCAGUCGAUGCUGCACGUCAUGCUGGAAGACGAGCCCGAGACGAUCGAGGAGGACCUUGUCGAUCUGCGUGCGUCGAUCGGGUCGGAAGUCAUGUUCCAGAAGCUCCGCGUCUUUGUCGACUCGCCCGACGAUCUCAAGCGUCUCAUCCGACAGCAUGCGGAAAAGGAAGAGGUUCCGCUCGUUGCUGCCAUUGUGCGUGGAUCGGAACAGCCCAAGCUCAACAAGAUCGAGGUGCAGCGCGUCAUGGAUGCCACGCAGUCGUACCAGGCGUUCAUGAAGACGCUGCCCUCAAUCACCAAGAAGAACAGCCACAAGGAGCCGGGCUACCGACUGAUCCUCGAUCUCCAGAGGGCGCUGCGUCUGCUUUCGUUGCAACGCGACGGAGCGCAAGUUCGAGGCAUGCUGCAGGACCCCAUGGUUGCCGAUGCGCUUUCCGUUGUGUUCGAGCCGCUGAUGGAGGAGGUGAGGCGUCUGCACAAGGUCAAGGGCGUAGGCAACGCGGUGAUGGACCUCCAAGCGUUCUUGGGCCGACUGCUGGAUCACCUCACGGGUCUUCGCGCUCGUGUCAUGGAUCCGCUGCACGCGGUGAACGGGAUCGCCGAGAUGCUCGACGACGCAGCGCCGACUUGGUACAAGUUCCUUCGUUCGGCCGCCGACUCCACGCCUACAGUGUUCAGCUUCUUUGCGUGGUUCCGACAUCUCGCGAUGACGAUUGGUGCCGGUACGGAGGAUCUCGCUGAGAUCUGGACCAACCCGCCCGCUGCGGACGUUGGCGAGGACGAUGCGGCGUCGGAAGGCGGUCAGUCGGUGGAUCCUGAUCGCAUCCCCGAUUACGAGGGUGCGUUGGACGCCGCCACGAUGCGCGACAUCAACUCGCUCGCUGAGCACGCCAGGAGGAAGCGCAACAGGCAGAUGGAGAUCGCGUGCAGGUGGGCCGCGGGUGACACGGAGGAGCACCACGCGAUCCAGAUCCAGGGUGAUGGAAAGGGUAGGACGAGGACGGAUCCUUACCUGCCGAGGGAGACCAGACCGCACAGGAGUGCGCCCGGUCUGGACAGGUUCAAGAAGUCGUUCCGCGAAGCUGUAUCGAGCGCGUUGACUCGAUGA